CGGCGCGAAUGUGCAUCACUUCCAUCUUGCUGGAUCCAGUCUCUACAGAAAUCAUUUCAUCGUCGUGUAGUCACAGCCACUCGCUCUUUCCGCAAUUACGUAGUCAGCCUUGGGCUAUGAGAAUACACCGUCACGCACGACCAUUGCACCUCACCCCGCUGCGUUAGCGAGAACAAUUUCAAACUACCACGCGUCUUAUUCACUGAAGAUUCUGCGGCCAGGCAAAAGUGUCGUCUAUUUCCCCGCUCGCAUUGGCAUAGCACAAACCCCACCUACCUUUUUCCACAACCACGAAUGACGCAGUUCAUUAUUCAUCUGAAAGGUACAGCUUACUGCAAGAAAUGGGUAACAACCUACUCUUUAAGUGGGAAGAUUCGGAGGCGCUGAAACACCACUGUGGGUUCUGUGAGCGUCCCUUGAGCCAUCCCGGUGCGAGAGCAUCUUGUUUCGGCAAGCACAGCGAGCCAUGUGUCCGCUUUCACCAGGCCAUGUUCAUGCGCCUUCGGGGUCAUACGUGCAAGUACUGUAUGGAAAUUGAUGAACAGCAUUACAGGCGCCAUCACGAUAUCGCCGAGCGCUUACGUGCGGUCUACGAGAGUUGCGGCGAGGUCGAUUGGAACAUCGUGCCAGAUGAAUUCGGGCCUGAGGAACGUGGAAGAGUGAGAGAACCCGGUGACGUGGACACACCAUUAUCGAAGCGCGAGAGAAAGGAUGCGAAGCGUCUUGUGAGAGCGGCAAGUAGAUCGAGAGUCAUCACUCUGGAGGAGAUCAGAUACAUCGACUCCGUCGUGCACUCCGCUGAAGGCACGACGAGCAACGAUGCCGAUGGACCGCGUGAUCCAGAAGAGGUCGAUGAAAUCGAAAGGCAGCUCCGAUACCAUGCUCAUGUCUAUAGCACACAGGUCAGUCGGAGGGGGCUUAGGAAGCUCGCCGAGGCUCACGAAGAUACGCUCGAUAUCGACUUCGAAGCCGAGAUGGAACGCAUCCUGGAGACCUUCCGCAUCAACAAGUUACUCAAGCGCAACACGAAAACUAAGGGAUUGCAGGGAAAAGAGCUAAAGGCAUUUCUCAAUUUCGUCGACGGUUUGAAGCACGCCGUGCUUGAGGAUAUUGUGUUGGUCAACAAAGACAAUGCUGAAUCGCGCAUGCGGCGGGCUGGUUACCUCAGAUAUACUAACAAAACAUCUUACGGGAUUGUAGAAGAAAGGUAUACCGACAAGGACUGGAAGACUGGUGAGAAGUUCGCGUCCAGUUCGAGUGAUUUCAGUGGUGCCAUCACUCCUGUACAUGAAACCAGUUUACUUCCAAGCGAACGAUUCGAAGACCAGUCUCCUUGCCGGCCUAGAACUGCUCACAGCCCGGACCGGAGACAUCUUGAGAGUAGUCACAAGCGCGUUAGUGGCGAUGAUGGACUCUACGCUGCAGACAUCGAGCCUUAUCAUACCCCACUACUAUCUUUACCACCUGCUCCAGCUUCUGGUAUGCCAGUUGCCGCGAUCAUGGUGAUCAACAUUAAAGCUCCAGUGCGUGCACCAGCUCCAGUGCGUGGUCGCGCAAAGAAGCCUGUCAAGACAGCCUCUGAUGGCUGGAAGACCGUUACGAACGGAGGUGUGCCAACAAAGCAGAUACCAAAGGCACGUGUUUGGGGUAAUAUCCCAAGCAAGCGCCCAGCUCAGGCUUCUCGACCUGGGCCAGCACCAUGGUCUUCCGACUCUCGCAACUUUCCCGAUAUCUCCGCUGCGAAAACAUCGUUCGAUGGUGCAUAUUCCCAACCUCGUGAGGUGAAGCCUCCGAUGAUUUGGUGUUCGAAGGAGCCUGAGACCUUCGUUUUCCAGACGGAAGACGAUGUCAGUGGCCAUGCCGCGGUUUCACAAAAGAAGAAAGCUAAGAAAGCUCGAGAAGCUAAGCGCAAAGCAAAGAAGCACUCUACAUCAAACGAGAUCAUCACCGAAGACGUUGGAGAUGAGCCUGACAUCUCAAUGCAAGGCCCUUCUACACCACAAAAGACCAAGGUCGACACCAACGUCCUAGAUAUCGACGAGACACUGCAAUCUUUUUCGAUGGAUACCAAGACUGAAGGGAAGUUCGCCGACCUUGUGGUAGAGCCAAUUGCUAUGAUUCACGAUUCCAGUGAUGGGAUAUCGCCGGUGCCUCCGCCUGAAUCUAUGCCGAUCACAAAACAUGGCAAGCACAUGCACUGGAUCCGGUUUGUACGCAAUUUUGUUGUUGAUCAACUCACCAAUCCAUAUUCGCCGUCGUGGAGUGGAUGUUCACACAGUAGCUCGUGUUCCUUUGAGAACAAUAACGUCCCGGAUUGUCCUUUCCACGAGCCUCAUUGCUCCUGUGUCGAUCCUUUGACAGACCAGUGCUAUCUGGCGAUGCCUUGUGUUGAGCUGUGUAGUACUGGACCGUUCAACCGCCUCCGUGGCGAGAAGCUGCUGUCACUAUAUGAGAAGGACCAUCGAACAAAGGGCCGCUUGAUGCUCAUAGAUGACGACCUAAUCAAUUACUUUAUGGAAGACCCUAUCAGCCGAUCGCGCAAUCGCAACCCAGACGGCGUGCCCGCGCGUCUACAGAAGGAGUAUGACGACGUCAAGAACGGAUACAAUCCCGGAACUCUCAUGGCGCAAGAGCUUCGUUUUGAGCGACUCUACGCUAAGAACGGUUUUAUGAAGCAGGAGCUUACCCAGAGUAUGCUACAGGAUAUCCAGCGCAACGAGUUCGAGCGUUUGGAUACGAGGUACAUGUGCUAUUGUCGUGCUGCCUUACCGAAGACAGGAUCUUCAAAGACGGACAUUAUUGUUUGCUCAUAUCGCGACUGUUCCACUGGGAACUUUCAUCGAUCAUGCAUAAAGAAGCUUGGCUUCGGCUUGGUGUCGCGCUGGUAUUGUACCGAAUGUGAACAGAAGAUGAAGGUACUCGCGCGCCAGACGUUACGCCGUUUAGGCUAUACCGAUAUUCCACAUGAGGGCCCAUGCAGCUAUUCAUACGGACUUGGCGCGGACAAAUUCGAAGAGAUGUUCGAUGAGAAAUUCGCGGAGAUGAUGAACUCAUCCGACAUGGAAUAUCUGAAACUACUACCAGCCGACCUGAGGAGCAAGGUCAAGGAGGUCGGGGGGUUCACGGCUAUGCCCAAAGAGCUCCAGCAGCAAUUCAAAGAGAAGGUCAGGGCGCUUGGCGAAAAAUUUAGGGCAGCGGACGUCAAGAUGUUCGAUUUGUAACGGGAAGCGAAGCGCGCUUUGCAUUGCGCAGUCUAAGUGGGCCGGGUAUGUGCAAUUUGGCUGUUAAGAUUACAGAGUAUUUGGGCUUCCAAUUAGGAACGCUGGGAUGAGUAAUAUAGCGGAGGGAAGAGCAUGUCAAACCAUGGUAUAAUUUGUAAAUUCUGUCACCCAAGGUACAGUUGUCGUAGCUUCCACGUUUAGCAUUACAAGCAAAGCCCAAAACUUUGACUAGUAUAUAUAAUGCA